UUGUUAAUACUAACUAAAUUUUAGUUUGUACUUGAAGUACAGGGUUACGUUUACUGUUGUAGCUUGUGUUAUACGUGAAUAAAGAUGAUAUUACCCCCCCCUAGUUAUUCCAGACAGGAUAGAAGAUCUGAGAUAGUAGGAACUGCAGAUCGCCUGACCCUCCGCACUGUGACUGUAAGGAGAUGGAUUUUGGGAGACGGUGCCGGCCGGAGGAGGGCCCGGGGCCGGGCAGCGGGGAGCGGCCGGAGGAGGGCCCGGGGCCGGGCAGAGUGGAGCGGCCGGAGGAGGGCGCGGGGCCGGGCAGAGUGGAGCGGCCGGAGGAGGGCGCGGGGCCGGGCAGCGGGGAGCGGCCGGAGGAGGGCGCGGGGCCGGGCAGCGGGGAGCGGCCAUUGGUGUCAGAGCGGGACAGACUCUGCCGGAAUCUCUUCAUCUGCUCUUUCGGUUGUGGAGCCACUUUCUCCAAGAACUGGCGGCUACUCGCUCACCUGUGCAGGCACACAGGGGAGAAACCAUUUUCUUGUCAAUAUGAGGGAUGUGGUAAAGGUUUCUCCAGGAAAGGUCAUCUUACAAGGCACCUUCUGACUCAUGGAGAAGAAAAACCAUUUAGAUGUACAGAUGAAAGAUGCAAUAAGACUUUUACUACAAAGGACAAUUUGAAAAAGCAUAUCUCAAGAAAGCAUGACAAUAUAGACAAGCUUUACUUGUGUGAUUUUGAAGGGUGUGGCAGAUCAUUUAAGAAGCAUCAGCAACUCAAAGUGCAUCAGUAUGAACACACAAAUGUGCCACCAUUUAAGUGCAAUUAUGAAGGUUGUGACAAACGUUUCUGUCUACCAAGCAAGCUGAAACGUCAUAAUGAUGCAAGCAGUCAUGCACCCUGUAUAAAUGCAGUUGGUGUUGCAGAUCAGGGGCUGGAGCUGACAAGAUACCUCCAGCAGCAAGCGCAGACUCCACCUGCUAAUCCCGUGCCCGUCCCUCCAAAAGUGGAUCCCAAGGUCUGCGCCAAGGAGCCUAUAUUGUGCUCAACGGGCUCCAGACCGCCUGCCUGA